AUGGAUAUGGAGUUCCUGUCCGCCGUGUGGAUAGUCCACAUUCCGAUUUGCUAUGACCAGGAUUUGAACGAUGUUUUCUGCGCAGUUCCCCUCUACCAUUCUUUGUUUCAAGAUAUCACUGGUAGAUUGGUCCGCCUUUGGUUUGCAGCUCGGAAACUUCUGCGAUGCAGUGGUAAUGUAGCAGUCACCUGCGAGUGGUUGAGAGCCGCGCCGCUUCGGAUUCGUACCGCUUACGCAACUGCACCUCAGAAUAGUCAUGACUGUCAACUCGAUUGA